AUGUUUCGUCAAUUCGUCUUAAGUGUGCCAGCAUUGUGUAGGAUCACAACAUUCCCAAGAGUCGCCACUUCUUACAAAACUAUUGUCACUUGCAGAUCAUUUAGCGCCUCGUCACUAGCUCAAAAAAAGGCCAAAAAAGGAGGAAAGGUUGUUCAAGAAAGCACAGCCGAACCUAUUGCUUCCAUUGAUUACGACCAAGUCAAUAAAAAACUUCAGAGUGUUGUUGACUUGUUUACAAAGUACGCUAAUGAGGCAAAGCUCGGAAAGGCUAACCCAAAGGUCUUUGAUAAUCUAUUGAUUGAGACCGAACAUGGGGAAAUGCCAUAUACCUCUGUUGCACAGACAAACGUCAAGGGUAGAAAUUUAAUCUUGACCGUCUACGAUCCAGCCAAUGUGCAGAAAAUCAUCAAUGCUGUUUUGGGCUCAGACUUGAACUUGAACCCUGUUGCAGACCCAAACAAUAAGCUGACACUCAAAGUGCCAUUGCCUCCAAUCACCACCGAAGUGAAAAAGGAGGCCAUCAAAGAUCUUAAAGCUGUUUAUGAGAAGCUCAGAAAUGGAACUGGAUCAGGAAAAACUGGUAGUUUGUCAAGUAUUCGUAAUGACACUAGACACAAGUUUUCGAAGAACAAAAAAUUGGAUGACAACGAAACAAAGUUGUGGAACGAGUAUGAGAAAAACCACAAGUCCUAUGUGGACAAGUUGGCCUCUCUCAUGAAAAAUGCCGAAACUCAGAUCAUGCAAUAA